CUGCGGUUUCGUUGCAUUUUGGUGUCUCUUCAAUGCCUUUCUCCUGUUCCAGGUGUUGCUGUAUGUUCCCUUCCGGUCUCCGUACAGGAAUUUCUAGACCAUGACGUCAGUUAUUCAACCAACAAGAAGCUCAAUUCUAAAAAGUUGAGAUUUUUCCUUCUCAUGAAACUAGCUAAUUUAACUUGGUCCAGUAGUGGAAUUUCUUAACUUUGGAUGGAGGCGGAGUAGAAUGAAAUACUCUGAAUAUAACUCGUCAUUCCGCAUCAGCAUGCGAACUUAGUAAAAGGGGAAAAAAAAACAUCGACGACGUAGCGUACUCUGCAAUUAUCUUCAUGGAGGAACUGGAGGGUUCUGAAGAACGCCACUGUGUUGGAUGUGGAGGAAAAAUUCUAGAUUCGUUUCAUGUUACAGUUUUCCAAGAUACUUGGCACAACUCCUGCUUUCAGUGCUCUGAGUGCUGCGAUCACCUGACCACCUGGUACUACGAGAGAGAUGCCAAGCUGUUCUGUCGUAAACACUACUGGGAGAAGUUUGGAGGGCUGUGCCACGGAUGCUCUCUGCUUAUGACCGGGCCCGCCAUGGUAGCCGGAGAGUACAAGUACCACCCAGAGUGCUUUGUGUGUCUGAGCUGCAAGGUGGUGAUCGAGGACAGGGACACGUACGCUCUGGUGGAACGCUCCAAACUCUACUGUGGGAAGUGCUACAAGCAGGUGGUGCUAACGCCCAUGUUGGAGAAGCGCUCUCCGGACUCUGGGCCAGAGUCCCUGCCCCACACGGUAACUCUGCUGUCCAUGCCCUCGGCCACCAACGGCCAGCGAGGGUUCUCUGUGUCCCUGGUGGGGGACGUGGGCGCUGGGACGGCCAGCCUGCAGGUCAAAGAGGUCCGAGGGAUGCACAUCAGCCCGGAAGUUCGCAACGCCAUCCACGUUGGCGACAGGAUACUGGAGAUCAAUGGACUUCCUGUCGGAAACUUGAUGGAGAAUGAGGUGGAUGACCUCAUCCAUCGGACCAGUCAGACUCUGCAGCUGCUGAUCGAGUACGACCCCGUCCGGCAGCGAUUGGACCAGCUCAGGCUAGGCUCCUCCCACAACCGUCUGGGGGUGCCCGCCACCUCGCGCAUGCGCCUGUCCUCGCCGCCGGACGGCGUCCUGGAGCGGGCGGACGAGGUGGACGACAGCUCUCUGAAAAGACGCUCUCUGAGACGCAGCAACAGCAUCUGUAAGUCCCCGGGCCCCACCUCCCCCAGGGCACACCCCUUCCUGACGCGGGACAUCGGGCGCUCCGAGUCCCUCCGCUCCUCCAGUAGCUGCUCCCAUCGGAUCUUCCGCCCCUGUGACCUCAUCCACGGAGAGGUGCUGGGGAAGGGCUUCUUCGGCCAAGCCAUCAAGGUGACCCACAAGGCCACAGGAGAGGUGAUGGUAAUGAAGGAGCUGAUUCGCUGUGACGAGGAGACCCAGAAGACCUUUCUGAAGGAGGUCAAAGUCAUGAGGUGCCUCGACCAUCCCCACGUUUUGAAGUUCAUUGGCGUACUCUAUAAGGACAAGAGGCUGAAUCUAAUAACGGAAUUCAUCGAAGGAGGCACACUGAAGGAUUUUAUUAGAGACAUGGACCAGUUUCCAUGGCAACAGAGGGUGAGCUUUGCAAAGAGCAUCGCUUCUGGAAUGACGUAUCUUCAUUCAAUGAGCAUCAUCCACAGAGAUCUCAACUCACACAACUGCCUGAUUAAACUGGACAACACGGUGGUGGUGGCGGACUUCGGGCUGUCGCGGCUCGUCGUGGAGGAGAAGGUGAAGCACCCGCCUCCAGAGAAAAGCACCAAUAAGAAGAGAGUGUUCAGACGCAUCGACCGCAAGAAGCGCUACACGGUGGUGGGGAACCCCUACUGGAUGGCCCCCGAGAUGCUGAAUGGUAAACGCUACGAUGAGAAAGUGGACAUCUUCUCCUUUGGGAUCGUGCUCUGCGAGAUCAUCGGGCAGGUUAACGCAGACCCAGAGUGCCUUCCCAGAACUCUGGACUUUGGCCUGAACGUGGAGAAGUUCAUGGAGAAGUUUCUGCCUGACGACUGCCCGCCUGCUUUCUUCCCAUUGGCUGUGGCUUGUUGUGAUCUGAUUCCAGAAAACCGGCCUGCGUUCCAGAAGCUGGAGGACUGUUUCGGGGCUCUGGCCCUCAGCCAGGAGAUGGGCAUCCCUCUGCCAGCGGAGCUGGACGAGCUGCAGCUGAGUCUGUCCCGACUGCACCCUCCCAGAGACGACUCCCCGGCCCCAAGCCCCACACCAGCGCCCCCUGCAGGCUCCAGCCCGGCCGACACCUAGCCCCCGGCACAGCCCCUCCAGAGGCCCUCCUGGGGGAAGCAGGGAGGGGAGAGGAGAUGGGGGAGAUGGACUGGACCGUUUUUUUUUUUUUUUUACUGGAUAACCUGAGAGGCCUGGAUCUGGCUCCUCUUCCUGUGUGGUCAUGUGACAUGUGUGGUCAUGUGAUAUGUGAAGUGGAGAUAAGGGGAGGAGCUACAUUUCAAAUAAAGACUAUGGGGAACUUACCUGGAAGCAUUUCUCACCCCCCCCCCCCCCCCACAGCCCCCCCUCUACUUUUACCCCCCAAAAGUGCACACCAGGAACUGCAAGGUCUUCCACAUCUGGUCCCUGUUUACUCCUGUAGUCAUGUGGCUCUGUGGUUGUUUAGAGAAGAGGACUCCCUGUUGAGAGGGUGUAAUCUCGUGGUCCUGGUAUCAGGCCUCAUGAGGAAGCCAUGUUGUUUUGAUCCCCCUCCCAUUCUUCUCAGGGAGACUAGGAAGCAUGAACCAACCUUCAUCUUGAAAUGUUGCUGAUCAUAGAUGUUUGGUUCGAGCAACACAAACUCACUACCACUGUUACAACAGGAUGUGCACUCACUUUUGUUAUUAUUUUCUUUCUUGCCGGUGGACCGUGCAAAAUAAAUAGUUUUGUAUUAUAAGGCUUUAACUGACACCGAGUUACUGACGAAUUAUGUACAUCCCACUAGCUGAAUGUUUUCCAGUGAAUUUAACACUAUUUCAAUUAGGAUUUUUUUGUAUUUGAUUAAAUGAAACGGUAAUUAUCAAGUGUUGAAUAAAAGUGUUUACUGGUUGUUAGAAUGAGCGGUGACAUUUGCGCAACAGCAAAACAGAUCUCUGUGUUGCAGCUGCUGAACAAUUUCGCUUGGUUUCUCCACCCUCACUAAAAGUGACCUGUACAAAUAGAACUGGAUUAUAUAUAUUUGAUUAUAUAUAUAUUUGUAUCAAUUUUGCUGUAAGAAAUGUAUAGAAAUGUAAAUAAUAUGCCUGUAUCAGAUGGCAUUUUCUUAUGGGAAUCAAGGGUUUGAAGACAAUUGGAUAGAAUGAUUAACAACUUUCGAUUUUUUUGUUUUCUUUGCUAGCAUCUAAGGUACUGACUACAAGUUUUAACCACUAUUGCUUGUAUCAUCAUAGCGUUUCAUGAAUAAAACGAUCAAAUUGUG